CGCCACUGUCCUGUCCGGCUCGCUGGCGCCGAGGGUUUGCAGGCAGGCCUAGGUCUCAACAUCGCUGGAAUAAAGUGGCUCUUGCGUGGCAGGAAGGAGGGAGCCAUAGGGACAGGCGUCCCACCUGGAAGAACCCCGGUUGGGACUCACCAGAGCUUCAGAACAGCUGCUGGAGAACUCGGAACGGAGCGCGUCUGGAUUUGCUCCACCAGCAGCAGUCCUUAGUCACCUUGUCCAGAGGCAGCCAUACUUGGUGAUGUCCCCACAUCCAGAAGCCCAGGUGACAGCGGAAACUGGACCAGCCUGCAGAAGCGUAUCCUUCACAGUCUCCACACUCUCCCGAGAGCAGCAGAGAAUGAACAAACCUCAGAAGCGUAUGCAGGCAUCAGUGUCAUUCAGGGAUGUGACUGUGGAGUUCACCCAGGAGGAGUGGCAGCACAUGGGUCCUAUUCAAAGGACGCUCUACAGAGAUGUGACGCUGGAGAACUACAGCAACCUCGUCGCAGUGGGAAACUGCCUUUUCAAACCAGAGGUCAUCUUCAAGUUGGAGCAAGGAGAAGAGCCUUGGUUCUUAGAGGAAGAAUUCUCAAACCAGGGCCACCACGAACAUUACAGAAAUGAUGACCUGAUCAAGAGGAACAAGAAAAUAAAAGACAAACACUUGCAGCAAAUAACACUGAUCAAUAAUAAGCCUUUGACUAGAAAAGAAGAGGAAAUUUGGGGGAAACCAUUUACUCUACACAUAGCUCCUGUUUCUUCAACAAAAAUGUCCUGUAAAUAUGUCUCAUGGGGAGUGAAUUUGCAAAAUAUUUCUCAAUAUGUCAUUAAUAGAACCUAUUCAACAACAAAAACGGGUUGCUGUAGUGUCUGUGAAAAUGUGCCUUUCAAAAUUAACUUUGAGAGAACUCAUACUGGAGAUAAAUUUUUUGAAUGUAAUAAAAAUGGGAAAGCCCUCAUUUAUAAAGAAAAUUUUCUUGAGCAUCAAAAGUGUCAAAUUUUGGAGCAAGUUCUGACAAAAGACUUCCCCAACAAGUGA